UCGUUAACUGUUUUUUUGGUUGUUGGAAUGACGAGGUUACAGCGAAGAAGAACAUUUUCAAUAUUGUCAUCCUAGUUUUUUUUUUUUUUUUUUUUUUUUGGUUUCUCUCUCUAGUUUCUCUCGACUUUCUCUCUCUAACUUCUGGAGGUGAUUGAUGGGAACGUUUCAGAGCUUCAGGAAGGCCUAUGGAGCUCUCAAAGACUCCACCAAGGUUGGCCUUGCAAAAGUCAACAGCGAAUUCAAGGAUUUGGAUAUUGCCAUUGUUAAAGCCACCAAUCACGUCGAGUGUCCCCCAAAAGAACGCCAUGUUCGAAAAAUUUUCUCUGCAACAUCGAUGGUGCGUCCACGGGCGGAUGUGGCAUAUUGCAUUCACGCUUUGGCUAAGAGAUUGUCGAAGACGCGAAAUUGGAUUGUUGCCAUAAAGGCAUUGAUUGUGAUUCACAGGACACUAAGAGAGGGUGAUCCAACUUCUAGAGAGGAGCUUAUGAACUACUCAUAUAGGGCACAUGUUAUUCAAAUGUCCAACUUUAAAGACGAGUCAAGCCCUCUUGCUUGGGACUGCUCCGCUUGGGUUAGGACUUAUUCGCUCUUUCUAGAGGAGCGGAUGGAGUGCUUUCGUGUCUUGAAGUACGACGUUGAGACCGAGCGCUUGACAAAAUAUGCACCGGGAGCUUCCAAGGUGCAUAGCAGAACACGGAUGUUGGGUCGCAUCGAGCUGUUGGAGCAGCUUCCUGCGUUGCAGCAGCUUCUUUACCGACUCAUUGGGUGUCAGCCCGAAGGAGCAGCUUAUAGCAAUUAUCUCAUACAGUAUGCUUUGGCCCUGGUACUGAAAGAGAGCUUUAAAAUAUACUGCGCUAUCAACGACGGGAUUAUAAAUCUUGUGGACAUGUUCUUUGACAUGUCAAGACAUGACGCAGUUCAAGCUCUUGAAAUUUACAAGAGAGCAGGUCAACAGGCUGAAAAUCUGGCCGACUUUUACGAAUAUUGCAAGGGAUUGGAUCUUGCUAGGAAUUUCCAGUUUCCUACAUUAAGACAGCCACCUCCAUCAUUUCUUGCAACAAUGGAGGAAUAUAUCAGAGAAGCGCCGCAAUCGGGUUCUGUUUACAAGAGACUGAUGUACUGGGAGGCUGAGGCUGAGGCUGAGCAACAACCUCAGAAACUUGAAGAACCUUCAGAAACCGAAAAACAAGUAGAGCAAAUCGACGAGGAAAAAGCGCCGGCGGACACAGUGGAAGAAUCCCAACUGAAGGACGGAGUUGAAGCCCCGCCAUUGAUAUCGAUGGAAGAGCCCGAUUUGCUAGGUCUGAAAGAAGUGAAUCCAAAAGCUGCAGAAAUAGAGGAAAGCAAUGCAUUGGCUCUUGCUAUAAUUCAGCCUGGGAAUAAUCCGCCAUCGACAAAUCAAGGUUUGAAUGACCUUCUUGGCUCUUCGGGUUGGGAAUUAGCAUUGGUUACCGCGCCGAGCAACAACACUAGCCACGCAGUAGAAAGCAAAUUGGCCGGCGGUUUUAACAAGCUAUUGCUCGAUAGCUUGUACGAGGAUGACGCAGCUAGGAGACAGAUACAGCUGCAGAAUGCAGGAUAUGGACAUGGUGGAAUGAGCGUCCAGAAUCCUUUCGACGGCCAGCAGGACCCGUUCAUGAUGUCGAACAACAUAGCUCCGCCGCCCAACGUUCAAAUGGCGAAAAUGGCCCAGCAGCAGCAGCAGCAGCAACAACCAUACCAACAUAACAUGAUUAUGGUCCCUCACCAACAUUCACCUCAAUAUCCCCAACAAUGCCAAUACCCUCAACAACAUUUGCAACAAAUGGGUUCUUCAAAUCCAUUUGGCGACUCUUUCAGCUUCCCUCCAAGUACAACGCCACAGCAAGGAAACCAUGGUCUGAUAUAGGAUUCAAUUUUUUAUUUUUUGUUUUUUGAGAUUUCUUAUAGUUAUUUUUACCAUUUCUUUGGA